UUACAGCAGAGCUCUGUGCCCAGAGAUGUAGUAUCUGUGUCUGGAAUGUAGUUCAGAAGUUAAAAACCUGGGUUCUUAUUUUUCCAACACUGAAACGCAUCAUCAGCCAUCCUCCUGCAAGGGGUUAAGCAGUUACACAUAAAUGGGACUUUGUUGUACUUUAGUCAGCUGUAAAAGUUCCAGGGGAAAGAUCAGAAGAGACAGUUCAGAAACACAGAAAAAAGCAAAGAGAAAUGUAAAAAUAUAAGUAGGAGGAGAGUGAAACAUAGACGUUAAAAGAAAUGGGUGUGGGUGAAUAGCUGUCAUUGACCCUGGGACUUAAGAUGAAGGGGGGGGGGUGUGACUAGCACAUGAUGGAGGGAGGAGAGCGAGCAGAGCAGUUGAAAGAAACACUAAGGAGAGAAGGAAAGGAACUUGGAGAAGGGAGGAUGAAAGCUCAACAGGAGAGGGAAGGACAAAGCAUGAUUUCUACAACACUCCUUUUGCCCGUUGCCCUCUUUGUUCUCCUUGCCCAGCUCAUCCUGAGUCGUUUCUCUGAUUCCCUGCUCAGCCUCACUGAUAGUGCCCAUACCUUUUCUCUCCUACUUGUCCUCUGCCCCCCCUUCAUUCUCUCCCAUUCCAAAUCCCUUCCCCACUAUGCCUGCCUCCGCCUCCCAACUCUUUUUUCUUUACUUUCUCCUCUCUUACUCUCUUCCCUUAGUUUCUCACUUGCCUUAGGAUCCAUGGGACGCUUCGUCCAUCCCCAUCACCCACAUCGCCCAGUUCUCAUCUUUGCAGCAGGGGUGCUGGGAUUGGGCUUCAAUGCUAUCUUUAUAGCAGCCACUGGGACAUGGCAAGAAACUGGCUCAAAACUAACAGGAGGGACAAAAAGAAGAUGGCUGUUGAUCUUGCGCCUUCUGUCUUUUUUAACACCUUCAUCUCUCCUUCUGGCAAGCAGCCUCUCUCUCCACCUCACAGACAAGGACAGUCCUGUUCUGCACUACAUGGACCCUGCCCUUUGCUUGGUUUCUGUUGCUAUCCUUAUUACUUCAGUAUACUCCAGCAUGGUGGAGAAUGCAUGCAUUUUACUUCAGGCUGUGCCACCUUGCUUUGAUCUAUGUGGACUCAAGAAAGACCUAGAGAUACUUUGUGGCCCUGAAGGUCACCAUGAGCUUCAUGUAUGGGCCCUAGCCCCUGGGAAUGGAGUUGCUUCACUACACAUUAACUGUUCAGGGCCAGAAGCAUACCAAGUCUUCCUGGAACAGGCCCAACUACUAUUUAAGCGUCAUGGGAUAAGCCUGAUUACAGUGCAACCUGAGUUUGGGGCACAUGGCCCUUGCAGGUUAGCCUGUGGUCUCUCCUGCACCCAGCACCUCUGUUGUGAGUCUCAGGUGCUGAAAGCAAAAGUUCUGGUGCCAACAAACCCCUGCCCUUGAUCAGAUUCCCUAUACUGCAAGAAGAACCCAUCAAGCUGCUCAUUAGCUAUUGACAACAGGCAUCAGUUUAACUAUUCCACUUAUUUUAAAAGUAUCAAAGCAGGAGGGAUUUUGUUUUUAGCGACCGUCUCAAUUAAUAAAAUAGUGAUAAGAUUAUAGAGUUUAUAAUGUGUUUUAGUGUAUAGAAUGUAAUAAAUCCUUUUAACUGCAAAUAUUAAAUUUUGACAUCAUAA